AUGUCCAAGCUUCUUACUGUUGUCGGCGCUACAGGCACCCAAGGUCUUUCACUCAUCAAUGCCGCUCUCAAAGAUGGCUCCUACAAGAUUAGGGGUUUAACGCGGAAUCCCAACAGUGAAAAGGCCGCUGCACUUAGCAAACGUGGUGUGGAAGUUGUCAGGGCAGAUAUUAACGAUGGAGCAUCUCUGAUCGAAGCAUUCAAGGGCUCCAAUGCCAUCUUUGCCACGACGGAUUUCUUUGAGCCAUUCAAUAACCAUGGACCGGAAAAAGCCAUCGAGAUCGAAACUGCCCAGGGCAUCAACAUGGCUCGAGCAGCCGCGCAAACAUCUACCCUCGAGCACUAUAUCUGGAGUACGCUCCCCAACGGCGGAAAGUUGACGGGUGGAAAAUAUCUGAUCCCUCAUUUUGUCGCCAAGAACCGUAUCGAUGACUAUAUCAAGGCCGACGAGGUCUUGUACCCCAAGACGUCGUUUCUGUGGAUAGCCUGGUAUGGUAACAACUUUCAAUAUCCAGUCUUCACACCGAGUCUGAUGAAACUCCCUGGAAAGUACGUGCAACUGUCGCCUGUGCCCGCGGACGUCCCCAUCCGGGCAAUUGGCAACCCGAUCAUCAACAUCGGCAUCUUUGCACUCGCAGUAUUGAAGAAACCGGAAGUGACUCUGCCAGGACGCUACGUGCUGGCCGCCAAUGAAGAGAGCACCACCGGCAAGCUUCUAGAGGAUUGGUCUGAUGUGACCGGUCACGCGUCACAAUACGUGCAGACCUCGACGCUCAAGGCUUAUGCAGACAUCUUCCCUGCAGGCUGGGGCUAUGAGAUGGGUGAGAUGAUGGUGAUGUGGGAGGAGCUCAGGGAGAAGAGUUGGUCCGGAGAAGAACCGUUGGUGACGAUUGAUGAACUUGGUCUGCGUGAUAAUGCUGAGUUGACUACGGUCAAGGACGCUUAUAAAGCGAUGGAAUGGAGUACGCUCUUGUGA